AUGAGCACACCAGCUUUCGGAGCGGCCACUUGCCACAGGCCACGUCUGAUCAUCUUGAUCAGACACGGCGAAAGCGAGUCGAACAGAGAUAAAACGAUCAACCAACACACCCCCAACCAUUUGAUACCGCUGACCGAGAACGGCUGGAAACAGUCAAGACAAGUUGGUAUCGAUUUGCUUCGAGUCCUGAACCUCGAUAACUACGACAUCGUCGACGAUCUGGAGAAGAGGUACGCAACGCCAAAUGAACCGACAAAGAAACUGCCAUUGAAGGGCUACUCACCACAAAACAAGAAGAGGGACUCCACUAUUGUCUUCUACACUUCGCCAUACAAGAGAACUCGGCAGACUCUCAAGGGAAUAUUGGACGUCUUCGACGACUACAACGAGCUGAACUCCGGGGUCGAGGUCCGCGAAGAAGAGCGAUACCAACCGUGCGGCAGAAGCAAGUUUGCCCAGUGGUACCCUCCGACUUUCCCCAGCGGCUACUACGAAAACAAGAACACGCAGGAUCCAGACGGCCUAUUCGCCGACAAGCAAUUCCUCCUUUACCGCGUUAAAGAUGAUCCCCGCAUCAGAGAACAGGAUUUCGGCAAUUUCCAGCAGGUCACCAGCAUGCAAGAUGUGAUGAAGAAGAGAUCUACCUACGGCCAUUUCUUUUACCGCUUUCAAGAAGGUGAGAGCGCCGCAGACGUGUACGACAGGGUCGCCAGUUUCCAGGAGACGCUGUUCAGAUACUUCGAGCGCACAAACAAGAAACCCAGAGACGUGGUCGUUCUGGUCACUCAUGGCAUCUACUGCAGAGUGUUUCUCAUGAAAUGGUUCCGCUGGACAUACGAAGAAUUUGAAUCGUUCACGAACGUACCGAACGGAAGCAUGAUCGUUAUGGAGUUCGACGAAACGAUCGAUGCAUACGUGCUAAGGACGGAGCUACCAAAAUGGUGUUGA